GUUUUUAUAUAAUAUGACAAAUUAAUUAUAAAAAAAAAUUAAUACUAAUCUUGUCGAUUGGUUUCAAAAAUAAAUAAAUAAAUAAAUAAAUAAAUAAAUAAAAAAAUCUGGUCGAAUAAUAAAGCAGUUUUCUAUAAAAAUCAUCACAAUCUCACUGUUUGAAACAAAUUGCCAAAACAUCCUCCCUUUUCUUCCAUCCUUUGUCCAAAUAACCGACCUCAAAAAUGGACCUUCGACAAUCAAUCACCGACCAAACGGACGUCUCCCUAUCCCUCACAUCACACGUAUCAUCAAUCGAGGCAACCAACACCAACCUGGUUCUCUCACCAUUAUCACUCCAUGUCGUACUGAGCCUCAUCGCAGCCGGGUCAUCCGGGUCAACCCGUGAUCAGGUUCUCUCGUACCUUAAGUCCAAAUCUUCCGACGAUCUCAAUAAGCUUUCUUCUGAACUUGUGUCGCUUGUUUUCGCUGAUGGUAGCGCUGCUGGUGGCCCGAAAUUGAGUUUCGCAAAUGGGGUUUGGGUUGAUCAAACUCUUCCUCUUAAACCCACUUUUAAACAGAUUGUUGAUGAUGUAUAUAAAGCUGCUUCUAAUCAAGUCGAUUUUUUAAACAAAGCAGUUGAAGUGGCCUCUGAUGUGAAUUCGUGGGCUGAGAAGCAAACUAGUGGCCUUAUCAAAGAGUUGCUGCCUCCUGGGUCUGUUGAUAACACAACGAGGCUCAUCUUUGCGAAUUCAGUUUACUUCAAGGGAGCAUGGAAUGAGAAAUUUGAUGUGUCUAAAACAAAGGAAGACGACUUUCAUCUUCUAAGUGGUAGCUCAGUUAAAGUGCCUUUUAUGACUAGCAAGAAGAAACAGCUCAUCAGAGCUUUUGAUGGAUUCAAAGUCCUUAGUCUUCCUUACAAACAAGGAGAAGACAAGCGACAAUUUUCCAUGUAUAUCUUCCUUCCAGAUGUUAAAGAUGGGCUUUCAGCUUUGAUGCAGAAAGUAAGCUCUCAAUCUGGUUUCUUAAAUGAACACCUCCCAUUCGAAAAAGUUGAAGUGGGUGAUUUUAGGCUUCCUAGAUUCAAGAUUUCAUUUGGAUUUGAAGCUUCCAAGGUUUUAAAGGGCUUAGGAGUUGAAUUGCCCUUUACAGGGGGUGGCCUAACUGAAAUGGUAGACUCACCCGUGGCCAAAAAUCUCUAUGUAUCGAGCAUUUUCCAAAAAUCCUUUAUCGAAGUCAAUGAGGAAGGUACCGAAGCAGCAGCUGCUUCUGCUGCUGUAAUAGCUUUCAGGAGCUUAAGGAUUCCAUCGAAGUUGGACUUUGUGGCUGAUCAUCCAUUUAUGUUCCUUAUAAGGGAAGACAUGACUGGAGUUGUGCUAUUUAGUGGGCAUACUAAGAAUCCUCUUGAGGAUUAGAAAGUUCGAGUUCUGAAGCAAUGUGAUAUAAGUAUCAAAGAAUAACACAACCAUAUCUCACUUAACUUUUUCACGCUUUCGUAUGAUUAAAUAGUGCGUAGUUAUCUAUGUAUUUUUAUUGUGAGACGUUUUACAUAAUUUUUCUAUUUACUGUAGGAGGUACUGUCUGUAUUGUGCAUGAGAUCUUGGUGUUUGGCAGUUAAUAAUAUAACUUUUGUUUGAUGAUAAUACAGCUA